CUCAGGCGUAGUCUUAGCAUCCGCGGGGGUUUCACUGACGCCUGUGCCCGAGGCCGCGACCGAGACCGCGGCUGGGGCUGCGGCCGAGGGCCCGGCUGCCGGAGACGAUGGAGACAACGGAGAGACCGUAGACAAGGUAGACGGAGGAGACUGCGUCUCCGCGAAGGUCCCUCCGGAUUCCGCGGGCUCCCCCUCCGGGGUUGGCGCGACCUCCACCACCGGCGGGGGAGCCGGGGCUUUGCGACCGCUUUUCCCGGCCAUGGACGCGGUUACCAAGCAACGGCCCAACGCUAAGUUCCGUAACCCGGAAGACCCCGCGCCUAGGCGGCCGCUUCAGAAAAAGAGGCUUUUACUUCCGGGGCACGUAAGAGUCGGUACACACGUGGAGCCAGGAGAGCGGUGAUGUGAGCAAUGAUCGCCAAGGAGGAGAAAUUGGACUUUGGCAAGGAAACAAGAGAAAAAAAGAAAAAGAAGAAAAAGUCCAGGGCAGUGGAGGAGGAUACCUUGGAUGUGGAACCUCUAGUCAAAAAAAAGCCAUCCCAGAAGGAUGUGGCGCCCCCAGACGUGGUCCCAGAAAUGCCCCUGAUGAAAAAGAAAAAGAAGAAGAAGAAAACCCAAGAAGCAGAGAGCACAGACAGAACUCCCCAUGAGGAUAGCACAGAGGCCGAGACCAUGGGCAGAACCAACUCCCUGAAGAAGCAUCAUAGCAGAAAGGAACUGCUUCCAAGCCUGCCUGAGACCCCAAGCGAAGGGAAGAGAAAGAAGACAAAAUCAUCCCUCUCUCACCCUCCAGGAGCAGAGACAGGGGUGGCUGCAAAACUGGAAGGGGACUCUGACAGAAAAUCUAAAAAGCGGAAAAAGGACAAGAGGUUGGACCAGGAGCCCAGGGAGGCCCUUUCUGACCCUAUGAAGGAGGAGGAGGAGGUGGAGGAAGAGAAGAAAGAAAAGGCGUGUGAGCCCAUAGAACAGAGACAGGGAGAGGAGAAGCAGGAACCCAGCAGUCUCGGGGACUCUGGCACCAAGAAGAAGAAAAAGAAGAAGAAGAAGAAGACUUACAGGCAAGAGGAGGAGGAGGAUGGAACUGUUAAUGUGCCCGUUAAUGAGGGCCGUGUAGAGGACCCCAAUGCCUUCAGCAGCUGCAAAAAGAAAAGCCACAAAAGGAAGCAGCCCAAGGCCGAAUUGGCAGAAAGCGUCCCCCAAGCAGACAGCCCCAGCAGCACCAAAAAGAAAGGGAAAAAAUCUAAGACACAGAUAGAGCUGCCCUCUGCUGAAGAGCCUGCUCAGAAGAAGAAAAAGACGGCGGCAGGUAGGAAAGUGAUGCAGGACCCUCCAGGCCUGGGCAUGGCACAUGAAUCAGACUUGGAAGUGCUAUCUGAGAAAAAGGGAAACUUGGAUGAAGUCACCAUAGACAUGGUCAGAAGAAAGGCCUUGCAAGAAGAAAUUGAUAGAGCAUCUGGGAAAACUGAAGCUCUCAAAACCAAAGUGGAAGUGCCUACACAGUUUGGCCAAUGGGAUACAGCCACUUUUGAAAAUUCAGACCAAAAGAUGAAAUUUCUGAGACUUAUGGGAGGCUUUAAGAAUUCUUCCCCAUCACUCAGUAGUUCUCCGGGCACCCUGGGGAAACCAAACAUGGCUCUGAACAAGCAGGCUGCCGCCACCUUACAGCAGAACCUACAAGUGGAGUUUGACAGAGCAAUGAGCUGGAAGCAGCAGCGUGGAGUUGGACUCGGCUACUCGGCUUCUACAAACAAAAACAAAUUAUUUUAUAUAGACAGAAAUGCAUCCAGAUCUGUAAAGUUUAAUGAUGAUUAGCAGUGUCUUGUUCUCCCUUCCCCCCAAAACACUAUAGUUAUUUUUAGGUUUUCUAUUCAUGAGUUAAAGGUUGAGCUGCUUUUUUUCAAUAUUGAGGCAGCAAAGCUUCAGUUUGUUGGAAUUUCAAAGCCCCUUGAGGGGCUGGAAGAUAACUGCAUUCUAAAAGCCAGUAUAGUAUUUCUGUUAUUAAAAACACUUUUGUGUUUAGUGUUCAGAAUCAUUCUGGACUAGUAUAGGCCACAGUAUGCUAAUACCUUUUUAAAGUUGCUCUUUCUCCCCCCCCCCCCCAGCCAGGCCAAAGUUGUGGCCUGGGUUCUUUUACAACUAGGAUUUGAUAAUGAUAAAUAUGUAAUAGUGAAACAAUUUUGUUUGUUUUAUCUGGGCAGUAGGAGGUAGCUCUGGGAAAACAAGCAAUCGUGAAAUGUCCUAGGAGAGUCAUAGCCAGACUUUGAUGUUAAAUGUCUUAGCAUUUCUAAAAUAAACUUUUUUCUUUAAAUUGU